AUGUGGUGCCUGGCCAGCGGCAAGGAGCUGCGCGCGGCUCCCGGCUUCCUGCCAUUGUCCCCGUCGGGGGCCGAGCCCCACGCAGCUGCACACUCGGCACGGCAAAACCAAAAUUGCCGCUUUGUCCCAAAGGACCAGCCCCGAAACGCAAACGUGCUGCCCCGUCCAGGAGGGGCGGCCACCGGCACAGACACCACCUUCACCUGGGAUGCCCUGGCACAACGGCCAGGGCUCAGAUUUAACCCGAAAUCUGCUGGCAGCCACCAGCUGCCCUGGAAACACGGCAAUCAUUGCAAGGUGCUGCAUUCGCACAGGGGCUGGCACGACAGCUCCUCGACGGGACACCGGCCCAGCUCUCCAGCCCCCACAGUUAUUUAUGAACUGCGAGGGCUUGCAGCCGCAGCACCGCCCUCCAGCCCUCCUGCCAACAAGCUUUGCCAAUGGGCACAACAUCGAAGGCCGUGCGGAGUGCCGCGGGCGCAGCGGCAGCCCCCUGGCGCCCCCCUGCACCCCAGACACGUCCACACCAGCCUUCCUCCACCCUCCUCCGCCAGCUGCAAGGUUUGCCCCUGCUACCACGCCAAGGACAGAGCCAUCUUCACCUCCCAAGGCCUGGCCUGCUAG